AUGAUCGGCGGCGUCAGCGGAGUUGUGGGAGGGAGAAUUUAUUGGGUGAGAAGUCAGGAUAGUAGUAGUAUUGAAGAGUUGAAAAUCAAAGGAAUAGUUGUGAUUUUCGCGUGGGUUUCCUCAAUUACUGAAAGUCAAUUGAAGGAUUUUGUAAAUAUCUACUCUUCUCUUGGAUGGAACUCGCUCGUUUGCCUCUCCGAUUUUCUCAAUCCAUUCAUCCCAGAGAGGGCUACGUCACUGGCAUUUUCUGUACUUAAUGAGCUUGUUAAGGAGCUAAGGAGUAGCAUAUGUCCUGUAGUCCUUGCAGCAUCAUCUGGUGGUUCAAAGGCUUGUAUGUAUAAGUUUUUUCAGGUAAAGUCAAUGCACUGGAGCCAUUGUCAUUUUGAUACACAUGAACAUUCAUUGAGCUGUGUGUUGGCAUUUCUCACACAUAAAUGUUCCUGA